AGUUUGCAACCAGCGCCACUUGCCGCCAAAUUACUAUUUACAAGGGGCGGAACAGCAGCGGGAACUGCAACUUCCAGAAUGCAGCGCGGAACUUCCGGUUUCCGGCGAAGGGACUGGAGGAGAAAGAGAGAGCGUGAAAGAGAGAGGAUGUCUCUCUCAGACUGGCACCUGGCAGUGAAACUGGCUGACCAGCCACUUGCCCCAAAGUCUAUUCUUCAGUUGCCAGAGACAGAGCUGGGAGAAUAUUCACUGGGGGGCUAUAGUAUUUCAUUUCUGAAGCAGCUCAUUGCUGGCAAACUCCAGGAGUCAGUUCCAGACCCUGAGCUAAUUGAUCUGAUCUACUGUGGCCGGAAGCUAAAAGACGACCAGACUCUUGACUUCUAUGGCAUUCAACCUGGAUCCACAGUCCACGUUCUGCGCAAGUCCUGGCCUGAGCCUGAUCAGAAACCUGAACCUGUGGACAAAGUGGCUGCCCUGCGGGAGUUCCGGGUGCUGCACACUGCCUUGCACAGCAGCUCCUCCUACCGGGAGGCGGUCUUUAAGAUGCUCAGCAAUAAGGAGUCUCUGGAUCAGAUCAUUGUGGCCACCCCAGGCCUCAGCAGUGACCCCAUUGCUCUCGGGGUUCUCCAGGACAAGGACCUUUUCUCUGUCUUUGCUGAUCCCAACAUGCUUGAUACGUUGGUACCUGCUCAUCCGGCCCUAGUCAAUGCCAUUGUCCUGGUUUUGCACUCGGUGGCCGGCAGCACGCCGCUACCGGGGGCUGACUCCUCUUCCCGGAGCACGCCCUCCAGCUCCUACCGGGACAUGCCAGGUGGCUUCCUCUUUGAAGGGCUCUCUGACGAUGAGGAUGACUUUCACCCAAGGGCCAGGUCCACGCCCUCUAGCAGCACCCCCAGCUCCCGCCCGGCCUCCCUGGGGUACAGUGGAGCUGCUGGACCCCGGCCCAUCACCCAGAGCGAGCUGGCCACUGCCCUGGCCCUGGCCAGCACUCCAGAGAGCAGCUCUCACACACCGACUCCAGGCACCCAGGGCCAUUCCUCUGGGACCUCACCAAUGUCCUCUGGUGUCCAGUCAGGGACACCCAUCACCAAUGACCUCUUCAGCCAAGCCCUACAGCAUGCCCUGCAGGCCUCUGGGCAGCCCAGCCUUCAGAGCCAGUGGCAGCCUCAGCUGCAGCAGCUGCGCGACAUGGGCAUUCAGGAUGAUGAGCUGAGCCUGCGGGCCCUUCAGGCCACUGGCGGGGACAUCCAAGCAGCUCUGGAGCUCAUCUUUGCCGGAGGAGCCCCAUGAACUCCCCGCUCCUCCUGACCCCCAACAAACUGCCAAGGUGUCUGCCCACGGGAGGCACUCCUGGAGGUGCCCCAUCUCUCCUUUACCCAAUACACCUGACGGUUGACCUUCACUUUGUCCAGUGCCUGGCCUUUCUGGCUGAUCCGCGCUGGUGGGGGCAGUGGGGCAAGUGUGGUGUGUGGGUCUCGGUGCUGUGACAUCGGGGAGCACGACUGGCUCUUGCUGCUGGGCCGUGGCUGGAGAAUGUUAGUCCCAC